AUGCCACCAGGCAACGCAAGCUUGAUCAACCACAGCAACAGCAACAGCAACCACGACGACCACCCGGCGAUAAAGCAGCUUCGAUCGCUUCCGCCUCCGCCUCCGCCUCCGCCUCCGCCUCCGCCCCCGCCUCCAAUCGCGCACCACCCCAUACUGUACUUUCCUCGCUCUCCGCAAUCCAUCGCAGUCGCAGCCGAACCAGCACCAGCUACCAGUAUGGGUUUCUCCCACUUCGUCGCGCGCAAUGCCAUACAGCUGGCUGCGCGACAGACAUCCGACUCAGACGACGAAGAAGACCCUGAAGCAGGGCAGAAGGAAAUAUACUCGUCAUGGGCACUCUUGAUCCUGAUCUGUCUGCUGGUCCUGGCCUUUUUCACCAGUUACUUCCUCAGAAGCAGAAAGAUCCAGGCCGUGCACGAGACUGUCGUGUCAAUCUUCGCGGGAAUGGUCAUUGGACUUAUCCUCCGUUUGACGAGCGUGAACAGCGUGCUGGACGUCGUCACCUUCGACUACCAGUUCUUCUUCAACCUGCUACUGCCGCCCAUCAUUCUGGCCAGCGGAUAUGAGUUGCACCAAGGAAACUUCUUCCGCAACAUCGGCAGUAUUCUGACCUUCGCCUUUGCCGGAACCUUUAUAUCUGCGCUUGUACUCGGGAUAAUUCUCUGGUUAUGGACGCGCAUACCUCUGGAGGGUCUGGAUAUUUCUUUCGUCGAUGCUAUGUCUGUUGGCGCAACACUCUCAGCUACCGAUCCUGUGACGAUCCUGGCAAUAUUCAAUACCUACAAAGUCGAUCCGAAGCUCUACACUGUCAUAUUCGGCGAGAGCAUUUUGAACGAUGCCAUUGCUAUCGUGCUGUUCGAAACGGCGCAGAAGUACAAGGCGGGAGAAGAAGCUGGAAAGCUCACCAUACUCAGCUUGUUCGAAAGUAUUGGAGUCUUCUUGCUGGUCUUCUUUGGCAGUUUGGCGCUUGGGCUCGUGAUAGGACUCGGCACAAGUUUGCUACUGAAGUUCACCCACGUUCGGCGCGAUCCGAAGAUUGAAAGCUGUCUGGUCUUCUUGAUCGCAUAUGCUUCGUAUUUCUUUGCUAAUGCUAUUCAUAUGAGUGGUACGUCGUUCAAACAUGGUAUCGUGUCUCUACUUUUCUGCGGUAUCUGCCUCAAGCACUACGCCUACCACAAUAUGUCGCGCCGAACACAACUGACGACCAAAUUUACCUUCUCACUCAUGGCGCAGCUGACCGAGAAUUUCAUCUUCAUCUACUUGGGAUUAUCGCUCUUCACCGAACGAACGCUCGAGUACAAGCCACUAUUCAUCCUCGUCACCCUGAUAGGCAUCUGCGUGGCACGAUGGUGUGCGGUGUUCCCGUUGAGCGCAGCAAUCAAUUGGUUCAUCAGAUACAGAGCGAGGCGAAGAGGGCAAGAGACGUUGGCAGAAGAAAUACCAAACAAUUGGAAGAUCAUGCUUUUCUGGGCUGGUCUAAGAGGAGCUGUCGGUGUUGCACUUGCCGCCGGUCUGAGCGGCAAAGAUGGCGCUGCACUGCGAGCCACAGUGCUCGUCACGGUCGUAUUGACCGUAAUCAUCUUCGGUGGCACAACAGCACGCAUGUUAGAAAUUCUUAAUAUUCGCACAGGGGUGGUGGAAGAAAUAGACAGCGAUGACGAGUUUGACAUCGAACCUGUGCCGCAAGGCGGAUAUGCAAGAAGGAAUGGUGCUGCAUUUGGACACACCCCGAAAAGCAGCAGCGUCGGUGUGGGUAAUGGCGGGAUUGGCCUGGGAAAUGUUGGUCGUCACCGGAGCAGAGCUGACACAUCGAGCUACAGUGGUGGCGGAGGACACACAAGCACUCCGCCUGGACUUGAUCGAAGGAACAGCUCACGCGUGAGGCGGGAUGAUCAGCAAAGCCAAGCAGAGCAAGGAUUGCUGGUGCAAGAAGAUGAGAGCACAGUGAGUGACGAUGACCUCGACCUACCACCUGAUGCGAGACGGGGAACACCAUCGAGGAAUAUCGACAACCCAUAUCCCGAAAGCGGCAGUACACAGCACAGCGAAGGCGGUCGACUUGCUGCCCUGAACCCCAGAGCCGCUUUCACGCAGAUCCUGAAUGCAACAACGCAAGAUGCAGGGGAUUUGUUCAACCGUCUCGACGAGCACUUUCUCAAACCACAUCUGCUACUUGAUCCUGGCGGCACUUCAUCGUCCAGCAGGCAUAAUGGCGGGCAUGGAGAUCAGAGCUCGUCAAAGAGAUGGGAUCAUGAUCAUGUGUACUUGGAUUGGAUCGUCUCAAACACUUUCCACACACACCUCAAUGCCUCAUUGCACUAA